UCAACUGUGCUGGCUGGAAAAUUGAAAGCGUGUCCGAGUGUAGUGAAUUCACAGAAUUUGAAAUAUGAAUAUAAAAAGCUAAAGACCUGCAGGAGAUACAACAGAGAAUUAAAGACAAUGCAGUUUGUGUGUUUGCUGUUCAUUUGCCAGACAGGUGAUAAUCAUCAGCAUCAUCAUCAUUAUCAAUUGCUCCAGUUUCAUCUAAUGCACUUUCCACUUUGCCAGUUUGUUUGUGGCACACUGCAGCAAAAAUACAGCAAGCCAAAUCAAUGGGCAGACCCAGUCAUGAAUCCGAAGACGGCAGCAAGAGCUAUUCGUAUGCUGAUUACAGUGCUGCCCACAACAAUCAAUUGGGGGAGCAGAUCGAAACGGGGCUACGAGAGGAGACGACGUUGCUGGUAAAUGCAAAGCAAAGGCCCGCAGUGCAAGUAAAAGUGACAAAUGAAGUGGAAAGUGCCAUGACGAUGAUGAUGAACACGAUGACGAUGAGGGCAGCAGAGAAUCAGCAGCAGCAGCAACAGCAGCAAGCAGAACCAAGGCGGCUGUCUAAUGGAAAUGGGCAUGAAAAUGACAUGACUGACACACAAAAUGUAAUGCCAUCAAUCCAAGAGGGCAGCAGCAGCUUAAUGAGCCCCAACACACUGUCAAUACCGACAAGGCAUAACUUUGCCAACACCAUGGACAGUGAUGCCAGCAACAGCAGCAACAGCAGCAUCGACAUCAGCAUGAGCAACAUCGAUGGCCAAAUGGCCAACGAUGAGCAACUAUUGCGACUGCAGGACUACAAUUUGCUGUACAAUGCCGAGAGGCAGACAUACUUUCAACUGCACACCAGCAAUAAGCCGAAACCGUGGCAGGACAAUCGCACAAAUCGCCCAGGGAAUGCAAACAGUCCAAUGACCAGUAAUCGGCUGUUGCAGCAGGUCGUGGGCAACACAUUGAGUGCCGCCUUUGGCCUGAAUACGAAUGAUGGCAAGGAUGGCACAAUGGCGAUGACCACGCAAACAGUGCAGCUCUAUGAUGCCGCCUCCUUGCGUCAGUCACACUAUAAUCCCUUCAAUCCCACGCGAGUCAUCAUACAUGGCUGGCUGGGCAAUGCACAUGCCAAUGUGUAUAGCUACCUGGUGCCCGCUUAUUUGAGACUGGACGAGGGCAACUACAAUAUCUUCACCGUGGACUGGGGACGAGGUGCGAUUGCCGACUACAUAACAGCCAGUUAUAGGGUGAAGCCCGUGGGCCUGGUGUUGGCCAAGUUUUUGGACUUUCUGCACGAGGAGGCGGGCAUGCGGUUUGAGGACCUGCAGCUGAUUGGUUUCAGCAUGGGCGCCCAUGUGGCCGGACUGGCUGCCAAGCACGUGCAGACGGGACGUGUGCGUGUGAUUCGCGCCUUGGAUCCGGCGUUGCCGUUCUUUCGCUACGCACAGGAAAAGGAGCGUCUAACAAAGCAGGAUGCCGACUAUGUCGAGGUGCUGCACACAAGUGUCGGCAGCUAUGGUUUCGAUCGUCCAUUGGGCCACGUGGAUUUCUAUGCCAACUGGGGCAGCCAGCAGCCGGGUUGCUUUUGGCAUGAGUGCAGCCACUGGCGUGCCUUUGCUCUCUUCAAGGAGAGCCUGCAGCAAACAGCAGAUGCAGCUGCACCUGCCUUCGAGGCCAAAGGUUGUCGGACUGCGGAAUGGCAGCAAUUGACCCGCCACAAGCAGUGCUCAGAGCCGCAGCAAACGGGCAAGCGGCUCCAUAUGGGUGGCGAUUUAGGCGCAUUAUCAAUGGAGCAACUGGUGCAACGUGAAGGUGUUUAUUACUUUGAGACUAACGCGAAGCCGCCAUACGAUAUUCGAGAAUCUCUAUAGAGGCUUCCGGCUGUCGGCUGUCGGCUACCGGUUGGUCGCAAAUGUGUGUUGACAAGCAUUCAAAAUGAAUGCCAUAAAAAUGGCAGAAAAAAAAAAAUGAAAAGCCAACAGCAACGGCAACAACGAACAGCAACAACUGAAAGAACGUAAUGAGCAAAUGUGCAGCGCGCGAUUUUAUUUCUAAUUAGUAAGUGCAUUUGUGUGUGUAUGUGUGUGUGUGUGUGUGGUUGUGUGUGUGUGUCUCCAUAUGUACACAUGUAAUUGUGUGUGUGUGUGUGUGAGCUCCUGUGCAUUUCUAAAAGCUGUACUGCAAAAUUAAAAAAUGCUGCCAUGUGUAAAAUGCUUUUCAUGCCAGUCACAGGCAAAAAAAAAAACAACAAAAACAAAUAAAAGGAGAGAGAAAAGCAACUAGCAAUGAACAUGUGAAAUACACACAAAAAAGAGCAGUACUAAAGUAGUUUCCGUCGCCGCCAUUUUCUGCUUACAAAAAUAUUAGCAAAAAUAUCAAAAAAUGCGCCUAGCUGCAUGUAACAGCAACUAACUUUAAUCGUGUACACUCUGCACAUGCUGUCUGCAAUGCAUAAGGUAAAAGUUAAACCUAUAAAAUUGUCAUAUUUUAAACAAUUUAUCUAGCAUUAUAAACUAGAUAAACUUACAAAAUCUUCACUUAGUUACGAUUGAAAUAGACAAGUCAAAAAUAUUCAAUUGAA